AUGGUAAAGCCACUUCUCUAUCCAGGAGCCAUGGCAAAAGCUCUUGUCAACAAGAAGCCCAUCCCAAGCUAUGACAACCUUCUCCAUAUCCAUAACUUCAUCAACUCCAAACAAACCCUUCCAACAUUGGGCCUCAAUCAUCUAGAGAUUUUGGCAGGGAGUUACUUGUGUGUUGCUGGGGCAGUCUUGGGUGUGAUUAAGAAGUCAGGGAGGCUUAGCCUCUUUGGGUUGCUGCUUAUCAUUUGGGGUGUCAAGAAACAAGCAAUCUUUGGCAAAGAUGCUUCAAGAAGUGUGUUAAUAUUCCCAACAAUGUUUGUUGCUUUGGUUUCUGCUUUCUUUUCAAUCAGAAAGGAUGUGAGAAAGCUCUUCCGCACACUUGGAAUCUUUAGUAAAAGAAAGCACAAAUACAGUUGA